AUGCGGGUUUCUACAGGCGUUUCAUUAAGAUUUUUCUCAAAGAUAGCGAGGCCACUCACAAGACUCUUAUGCAAAGAAACAGAGUUCAUCUUUGAUGAAGAGUGUAGCCAAGCUUUCUUGAAGAUCAAGGAAGCCCUUGUUAGCGCACCAAUUGUCCAAGCUCCGAAUUGGGACUUGCCUUUCGAGAUCAUGUGUGAUGCCUCGGACUUCGCGGUUGGAGCAGUGUUGGAGCUACAUUGUGGGUCAAAGGUCAUCGUUCACACUGACCACGCAGCUCUCAAGUACCUGUACACCAAGAAAGAUGUGAAACCUAGGCUGAGAUGGGUUCUCUUGCUUCAAGAGUUCGAUAUCGAGAUAGUCGACAAGAAAGGCACCGAGAACAGCGUGGCUGAUCAUCUAUCAAGAUUGAGGAUUGAAGGGAGAUCGAGAGGAGAGGAGGUUCCGUGGUACGCAGACUUUGUGAACUACUUGGUGUGCAGAGAAGUUCCAAGUGGAUGGAGUGGUUAUCAGAGAAAGAAGUUCUUCAAAGAUGUGGUUCACUACUACUGGGAUGAGCCCUACUUGUUCAGAAAAGGGAAUGAUAACUUGUUCAGAAGAUGUGUAGCUAAAGAAGAGGUUGAAGGGAUUCUAUUCCAUUGCCAUGGUUCAAGCUAUGGAGGCCACUUUGCGGUUUUCAAAACGGUCCAGAAAGUGUUACAAGCAGGGAACAUCACGGCGAGAAACGAGAUGCCUCAGAAUCCUAUCUUGGAAGUUGAGGUGUUUGACGUGUGGGGAAUAGACUUUGUUGGCUCAUUUAACCCAGCCUCUCAUGGAAACGCUUACAUACUAGUUGCUGUAGAUUAUGUCUCAAAAUGGGUGGAAGCCAUAGCCGCACCCACCAACGAUGCCAAAGUAGUCCUCAAGCUGUUCAAGACUAUCAUUUUCCGAGAACUGCUUAUAAGACGCCAAUUGGGAAGAUCUCCAUAUUCUUUGAUCUAUGGAAAGUCUUGCCAUUUGCCUCUUGAGUUGGAAUAUAGAGCUAGAUGGGCAAUCAAGUAUCCUAAGAAGGAGCUAAGCACAUCUCAGGAAAAGAGGGAAAUGGACCUCCACGAGCUAGAGGAGAUUCGCUUGGAUGCUUAUGAAAGACCAUUCAAGGUCAAGGAGGUGUUGCCUUAUGGAGCCAUCACUUUAGUGAACAAAAUGGAGUGGAGUUCACGGUUACGGUCACCGGUUGAAGAAGUACAUGGGAGUCAAAGCAUUGGAGAGGGAAGCUCAAUCCGUCUCCAUGACCCACCCCAAGCCUAA